CGAACCCGACAUGAUUAAACACGCGGGAAAGAUGGCCGAUCAAGAAAUGGAAACUGAUGAAAUGCCACGUUCUUCAAAGAUGUCCACGAAGUCUGUUCAUGCACAUGAGCAGCCAUGGGUAGAAAAAUAUCGACCGAUCAAGCUUCAUGAUAUAGUAGGCAAUGAAGAGACCAUCAGACGUCUGGAAGUUUUUGCCCGCGACGGAAAUGUCCCCAAUUUAAUCAUUGCUGGUCCUCCUGGAACUGGAAAAACCACAAGUAUUUUAUGUCUAGCCCGAGCAAUGUUGGGGCCAUCCUACCGGGAUGCUGUUCUAGAAAUGAAUGCAUCAAAUGACAGAGGCAUUGAUGUUGUGAGGAAUAAAAUCAAAAUGUUUGCUCAGCAGAAAGUUACUUUGCCCAAAGGAAGACACAAAAUUAUCAUUCUGGAUGAAGCAGAUAGCAUGACAGAUGGUGCUCAGCAAGCUUUAAGGAGAACGAUGGAGAUCUAUUCUAAGACCACACGAUUUGCACUGGCCUGCAAUGCUUCUGAAAAAAUCAUAGAACCCAUACAGUCGCGAUGUGCUGUUUUACGUUACUCCAAGCUGACUGAUGCGCAAGUGUUGAAAAGACUUUUGGAAGUAUGUGAGGAAGAAUCCGUUAGUUAUACUGAUGAUGGCUUAGAAGCCAUUGUGUUUACAGCACAAGGAGACAUGCGACAGGCUCUGAACAACUUACAGUCAACAUUUCAAGGCUUUGGACACGUUAACAGUGAAAAUGUCUUCAAGGUGUGUGAUGAACCCCAUCCCAUGCUGAUACAAGAUAUGCUACAACAUUGUGUUAAUGGAAAUGUGGAGGAAGCCUACAAAACUAUGGCACAUCUCUGGAAGCUUGGAUACUCAGCAGAAGAUAUUAUCACUAUUAUCUUCAGAGUCUGCAAAAACCAAAACAUUCCAGAAUUCCUGAAACUUGAAUUUAUUAAAGAAAUUGGGUAUACCCACAUGAGAAUUGCAGAAGGUGUUCAAUCCCUGUUACAAAUGUCAGCUUUGUUAGCAAGACUGUGUAAAAAAUCUGCUCAGCCAGGAAUGAAAGGAUAAAUGAGAACCUGUGUAUGUGUAUGACAAACUUCCGUUAUUAUAUCAAUUUUAAAGACACUUUUAUUCUGAUGAAGAACAUGCUGGUAAAUCUAAGAAAUAUCAAGAACACUAACAUAAUUAUGCAUUUCUUGUAGUAAUUUCCUUAUUUUUGAAAGACUUGCACAAUGCACAUAUGUAAGAAGAUGUACUUCUGCUUGUAUUAUGAAGAUAUAAA